UAAACACGACGACGGCAUCAUUUUAGAAAUUUCUUGAAAUCGGUUCAGGUCAACAUCAGCUUGUUAGAAUAUUGUUGAAAAAUCUCGAUUGUAUCGCAAAUUAAACAAAUCACAAUGCCUAAAUAUUACUGUGACUAUUGUGAUACUUACCUGACACACGAUUCGCCUAGCGUGCGCAAAACUCACUGUACUGGUCGGAAGCACAAGGACAAUGUUAAAUUCUACUACCAGAAAUGGAUGGAGGAACAGGCCCAACAUCUCAUCGAUGCGACUACAGCAGCAUUCAAAGCAGGAAAGAUUGCCCAGAAUCCUUUCACCACUGGACCUCCAAAGCCGAAUGUUGCUAUUCCACCGCCUACAUUAGGAAUGCCUGCUCGACCAGGAAUGAUGCCCGGUAUGCCAGCUGGUGCUCCGCCUUUGCUGAUGGGACAUGGACCGAUGGGAAUGCGUCCUCCAAUGAUGAUGCCAAUGGGUAUGCCUCCAAUGGGAAUGGGAAUGCGCCCCCCAAUGAUGAAUGCUCCUCCACCUCAGAUGAACCAGAAAGCGUAAGUAAUAAUCAUCAUUGUGUAUUGUGCAUAAUUUAUCGUGUACAAGUUAAGAGUAUAUGCUACUGCGAUUUUAUGAUAAUAUAAGCCAACUUGAAUGAA